GCCGAGCCCUUCCGAGAGCGCGGCCGUGCGCUGCCCGGCGCCAUGCUUCUGCUGGGUAUCUUAACCCUGGCUCUCGCCGGGGGACCGGCUGGGGGGUCAGAGCCAGAUCAGGAGGUGGUGGUCCCCAUCCGACUGGACCCGGACAUCAACGGCCGCCACUACUACUGGAGGGGUCCCGAAGACUCCGGGGAUCAGGGACUCAUUUUUCAGAUCACAGCAUUUCAGGAGGACUUUUACCUACACCUGACUCUGGAUGCUCAGUUCCUAGCGCCCGCCUUCGCCACUGAACAUCUGGGCGUCCGCCUCCCGGAACUCACCGGGAGCUCUCCAGACUUGCGACGUUGCUUCUACUCUGGGGACGUGAACGCCGAGCCAGAUUCUUUCGCCGCUAUGAGCCUGUGCGGAGGUCUACGCGGAGCUUUUGGUUACAGAGGCGCGGAGUAUGUCAUUAGUCCGCUCCCCAACGCCAGCGCGCAGGCGGCACAGCGCAACAGCCAGGGCGCACACCUCCUCCAGCGCCGCGGCGCCCCCGGCGGGCCUCCCGGAGAUCCCACCUCUCGCUGCGGGGUGGCCUCAGGCUGGAACCCCGCCAUUCUGCGGGCGCUGGACCCUUACAAGCCGCGGGGGACCGGCUUGGGAGAGAGUCGCAGUCGGCGGAGGUCCGGGCGCUCCAAGCGCUUCGUGUCUAUCCCGCGGUACGUGGAGACACUGGUGGUGGCGGACGAGUCAAUGGUCAAGUUCCACGGCGCGGACCUGGAGCAUUAUCUGCUGACGCUGCUGGCCACGGCGGCACGACUCUACCGCCAUCCUAGCAUCCUCAACCCCAUCAACAUCGUCGUGGUCAAGGUGCUGCUUCUCGGAGACCGCGACACAGGGCCCAAGGUCACGGGCAACGCGGCCUUGACGCUGCGCAACUUCUGCGCCUGGCAGAAGAAGCUGAAUAAAGUGAGUGACAAACACCCAGAGUACUGGGACACGGCCAUCCUCUUCACCAGGCAGGACCUGUGUGGGGCUACCACCUGUGACACGCUGGGCAUGGCUGAUGUGGGCACUAUGUGCGACCCCAAGAGAAGUUGUUCUGUGAUCGAGGAUGAUGGGCUUCCAUCAGCCUUCACCACUGCCCAUGAGCUGGGCCACGUGUUCAACAUGCCCCAUGACAAUGUGAAAGUGUGUGAGGAGGUGUUUGGGAAACUCCGAGCCAACCACAUGAUGUCUCCAACACUCAUCCAGAUUGACCGCGCCAACCCUUGGUCAGCCUGCAGCGCUGCCAUCAUCACCGACUUCCUGGAUAGUGGGCAUGGCGACUGUCUCCUGGACCCGCCCAGCAAGCCCAUCUCCCUGCCUGAGGACCUGCCAGGGGCCAGCUACACCCUGAGCCAGCAGUGUGAGCUGGCCUUUGGCGUGGGCUCGAAGCCCUGUCCCUACAUGCAGUACUGUACCAAGCUGUGGUGCACUGGCAAGGCAAAGGGGCAGAUGGUGUGCCAGACCCGCCACUUCCCCUGGGCAGACGGCACCAGCUGCGGCGAAGGCAAGUUCUGCCUCAAGGGGACCUGUGUGGAGAGACAUAACCUCAAUAAGUACAGGGUGGACGGCUCCUGGGCCAAAUGGGAGCCCUAUGGCGCCUGCUCGCGCACCUGCGGUGGGGGCGUGCAGCUGUCCCGGAGGCAGUGCCGCAAUCCCACCCCUGCCAACGGGGGCAAGUACUGCGAGGGAGUGAGAGUGAAAUACCGAUCCUGCAACCUGGAGCCCUGCCCCAGCUCAGCUUCAGGCAAGAGCUUCCGGGAGGAGCAGUGUGAGGCUUUCAACGGCUAUAACCAUAGCACCAACCGGCUCACCCUUGCCGUGGCGUGGGUGCCCAAGUACUCCGGCGUUUCUCCCCGGGACAAGUGCAAGCUUAUCUGCCGAGCCAAUGGCACCGGCUACUUCUACGUGUUGGCACCCAAGGUGGUGGAUGGCACACCCUGCACUCCUGACUCCACCUCGGUCUGUGUCCAAGGCAAGUGCAUCAAGGCUGGCUGUGAUGGGAACCUGGGAUCCAAGAAGAAAUUCGACAAGUGUGGGGUGUGUGGGGGCGACAAUAAGAGCUGUAAGAAGGUGACAGGCCUCUUCACCAAGCCCAUGCACGGCUACAAUUUUGUGGUGGCCAUCCCCGUGGGCGCCUCGAGCAUUGACAUCCGCCAGCGUGGCUACAAGGGGCUGAUUGGAGAUGACAACUACCUGGCCCUGAAGAACAGCCAAGGCAAGUACCUGCUCAACGGGCACUUCGUGGUGUCGGCCGUGGAGCGGGACCUGGUGGUGAAGGGCAGCCUCCUGAGGUACAGCGGCGCGGGGACGGCGGUGGAGAGCCUGCAGGCUUCCCGGCCCAUCCUGGAGCCGCUGACCGUGGAGGUCCUCUCCGUGGGCAAGAUGACGCCACCCCGGGUCCGCUACUCCUUCUAUCUGCCCAAAGAGCCUUGGGAAGACAAGGCCUCCCACGCCAAGGACCCCCGGGGCUCCUCUGUGCACCACAACAGCGUCCUCAGCCUCUCCAAUCAAGUGGAGCCGCAGGACGACGGGCCCCCUGCACGCUGGGUGGCAGGCAGCUGGGGACCUUGCUCUGUGAGCUGUGGCAGUGGCCUGCAGAAGCGGGCGGUCGACUGUCGCGGGCCCCCCGGGCCACGCGCGGCAUCCGCCUGCAGUGCGGCCCAUCGGCCUGCGGAGACAAGAGCCUGUGGGGAGCCCUGCCCGACCUGGGAGCUCGGCGCCUGGUCGCCUUGCUCCAAGAGCUGCGGCCGGGGGUUUAAGAGGCGUCCACUCAAGUGUUUGGGCCCCGGAGGGCGGCUGCUGGCCCGGGACCAAUGCAACCUGCGCCGGAAGCCCCAGGAGCUGGACUUCUGCAUCUUGAGGCCGUGCUGAAUAGGACCGUCUUUUUCUCCUCCUCACUCUCCACCCCAUUGGUGCUGCCAGGGUUCUGGCCGGCUGGAGCCGUGGGUAGAGGGCGGUGGCCG